AUGAAAACAGUGAUGAUCGGAGGCCAUCCACGUUUAUCAAUAAACAGACCGACCACUUCAAUGCAAAACUCUUCAUUGACAACGAGAAGUGCAAGUACAAACGCUUCUACAGGAAGAAAACCGACAUUUGCUAAAACAUUUCAGCCGAAAGUUAAUAAAAUAGAUAUGUCACAAGUAAAACCUGAUUACAAUGAAAUAUGCGCAACAGUAUCAAAUAGAAAUGAUUUGAAAAAUUUAGAUAUACGAACUCUCUUUUCCUACAAAUCUACAGUAAAGGACCACAUUGCCGAAAUGGCUGCAUCAGAGAAUUACGAUGAAUGCAAGAAAUCAUUAAAAAUUCUUCAAUUAAUUAAAAAAGAAAUCGCAUCAAGAACUUGUUCACAGAGCUCAGCUAAUGGAGAACCAGAAGAAGAUUUUAAGGCAAAGGAAGAAGAGAUAAAUUCGAAAUACGAACAGCAACUACAGCAAAUAAAUCAGAAAUAUUCUGAGAAAAUUGAGCAAAUUCAAACAGAGCAUAAGAAGCAAACAGAUGAUUUCGAUACCGAAUGGUCUACAGUUGAACCUAACAAAUACCGUAAACCGUCUAAAAAUCUUUUGAAUUUGAAAGAAAUCGAACAAUUCUAUGCAAAAUCUAAUCAGUUUGAAAAAGCAAAAGAGAUUCACCAGGAAACAGAGAUAGUGUCACAACAAGAGACAAUGAUGGCUCAAGAAAAACUUAUCAAAGAUUAUCGAAAUGCGAAAAUCAAUUUACGGCUUCAACAACAGAAAGAUAUUCAUAGCAUUGAAGAACUAAAGAAGAAAGAAUUACAAGAUCUAGAAAUUAAUAAGCAAAACGACUUAAAUCAGCUAGAAAAACGGAAAAAAGUUCUUCUUGAAAAAUCAAAAUCUCGAAAUCCAAGAGAAAGAAAAGAUUUCAACUCAAAUGUUCAUCUUUCACAGACAUCAAGACCUCCUGUAUUACUCGGACCUCUGUUUGCUCCUAAUGAAGCAGAAUUUAAGCGGAAGAGGGAACGAGAAAUGAUGGAGAAAAGAAGAAGAGCAGCAAAGUUUAUCAAAGAAAAUGCAAACAGACUUUUUGAUGAUUUAGAUUCAGUUGUUUCAUUCAGUACUAUUGGAUCUAAAUCAGAAUGCCCAUCAGCACAAUCUCCUGCUACUGAACCAACAGACGAAGAAUUGAUGAAAGACAUUUAUAUGGAAAUCUCUCAACCAAUGUUUUCUAUCGAAUCGAUGCCACUUGACUACUAUAAUUAA